GAGCUGCGAUCUCGGAGCUGGUCAACAAAAUGACCUCAAUCUAAAGAUCGCACUUUAUCUCAACACCAACACCAGUUCUUCCCCGCACGAGCUUCCCACAGACUCCCGAAACAUGCAACUGAAGUAUCUUAAAACACUGUUAACACCCCAGGAGGGUGCUGCCAAAGUGACAUGCAUGGCCUGGGCUCCCAACAACACCAAGUUCGCUGUUUGCACUGUUGACAGAGUGGUGCUGCUCUAUGAUGAGCAGGGAGAGAGGAGGGACAAGUUCUCCACCAAACCCCUAGACUCCAAGUAUGGGAAAGAGAGCUAUGUUGUCAAAGACAUGGCGUUCUCUCCGGACUCCACCAAAAUCGCCAUUGGCCAGUCCGACAACAUCAUCUUUGUCUACAGAAUUGGGGAAGAAUGGGGGGACAAGAAAGCCAUUUGCAACAAAUUUGUUCAGACCAAUUCCGUGGCUUGCUUGCUUUGGCCUGCAGAGCAUGCAGUUGUUUAUGGAUUAGUGGACGGCAAGGUUCGCCUCGCCAACACUCAGACGAACAAGUCAUCAACCAUCUACGGCACCGAGUCCUGUGUCGUCUCACUGGCAUCCAAUGUUUCUGGUAAAGGCAUCCUGUCGGGCCAUGCUGAUGGGACCGUCGUGCGUUACUUCUUUGAUGAUGAAGGCUCAGGGGAGUCUCAGGGUAAGCUGUUUAUGCACCCGUGCCCACCCUACGCCCUGGCCUGGGCCGCAAACAGCAUCAUGGUGGGCGGCUGUGACAAGAAGGUGGUGGCCUACGGCAAAGAGGGUCACAUCUUACAGACCUUUGACUACGGCCGCGACCGGACCGAGAGGGAGUUCACCGUGGCCGCCACCAGCCCCAGCGGGCAGUCGGUUGUGUUCGGCAGCUACGACCGGUUGCGGGUGUUUAACUGGGCUCCAAGGAGAAGUGUGUGGGAUGAAGCCAAACCUAAAGAGAUACUCAACCUCUACACCAUCACCAGCUUGGCCUGGAAGAAAGACGGAUCACGCCUCUGUGCUGGAACACUGUGUGGGGGAGUGGAGCUGUUUGAUUGCUGCUUACGGAGAGCCAUCUAUAAGAACAAGUUUGAGAUGACCUACGUUGGCCUGAGCCAGGUGAUAGUGAGGAACCUCUCUACAGGAACGCGGGUGGUCCUGAAGUCCUAUUAUGGUUAUGAGAUAGAAGAAGUCAAAAUCAUGGGCAAAGAUCGCUACCUGGUGGCUCACACCUCCGAUACUCUUCUUCUGGGAGACCUGCUGACAAAUAAACUGAGCGAGGUGCCAUGGCCCGGUUCUGGGGGAAACGAAAAGUUCUUCUUUGAAAAUGAAUCAGUGUGUAUGAUUUUUAACGCUGGGGAGCUGAGCCUGGUUGAAUACAGUAACAACGAGAUCCUGGGAUCAGUCCGAACCGAAUUUAUGAACCCUCACCUCAUCAGUGUCCGACUAAAUGAGAGGAAGCAGAGAGGAGUAGAAGACAACAAGAAGCUUGCGUAUCUGAUUGAUAUAAAGACCAUUUGCAUUGUGGACUUGGCCGGGGGCUGCAAUCUGGGAACCAUCAGCCAAAACUCCAAGAUUGACUGGCUGGAGCUCAAUGAAACGGGACGCAAACUGCUGUUCAGGGACAAGAAGCUGCGGCUCCAUCUCUAUGACAUAGAGUCCGGCGUGAAGACCACGCUGCUGAGUUUCUGCUCCUACGUCCAGUGGGUGCCUGGCAGCGACGUGGUGGUGGCUCAAAACAGAGGAAACCUCUGCAUCUGGUACAGCAUCGACAGCCCAGAGAGCAUCACCAUGUUCCCGAUCAAGGGAGACAUUAUUGAUCUAGAAAGAGUCGAUGGGAAGACAGAUGUGAUCGUGACGGAGGGCGUCAACACCGUGACGUACACACUGGACGAAGGCCUUAUUGAGUUUGGUACUGCUAUCGACGACGGGGAUUAUGACAGAGCCACAGCAUUCCUGGAGACUCUGGAGAUGUCACCAGAGACUGAAGCCAUGUGGAAGACGCUCAGCAAGCUGGCACUGGAGGCUCACCAGCUGCACAUCGCAGAAAGGUGUUUUGCCGCAUUGGGGGACGUCUCGACUCUGCGUUUCCUCCACCAAACAAACCAGAUCGCCGACAAAGUUUCACAGGAAAUGGGAGGAGAUGGAACAGCGUUUUUCCAAGUCCAAGCCCACGUGGCGAUGCUGGAUAAGAACUUUAAACUGGCUGAGAUGCACUACAUGGAGCAGAAUUCCAUCGAUGAGGCGAUAGAGAUGUACCAGGAGCUCCAUAUGUGGGACGACUGCAUUGCCGUUGCUGAAGCCAAGGGCCACCCGGAGCUGGACACCCUGCGUGGGAACCAUUACCAGUGGUUAACGGAGACGGGUCAGGAUGAGAAGGCGGGUGAGGUGAGGGAGAGCGAGGGAGACUUCCAGGGUGCCAUUAACCUCUACCUGAAGGCCGGACUGCCGGCUAAAGCCGCCCGACUGGCCAUCAGCCAUACGGAGAUCACCAACAAUAGCGAUACCGUCGGCCGCAUCGCCGCCAGCCUCAUCAAGGGAGAGUUUUAUGAAAGGGCUGGAGAUCUGUAUGAGAAGAUCAGAAACAACCAAAGAGCUUUGGAGUGUUACUGCAAAGGAGGUGCCUUCAGGAAAGCGGUGGAGCUGGCACGCCUCGCCUUCCCUGCUGAGGUGGUGAAACUGGAGGAAGCCUGGGGAGACUACCUCGUCCAGCAGAAACAGAUGGAUGCCGCCAUCAACCACUUCAUUGAAGCAGGCUGCUCGCUUAAAGCCAUAGAGGCGGCCAUCGCAGCUCGUCAGUGGAAGAAAGCCGUCCACAUCCUGGAGUUACAGGAGGAUUCAUCAGCAGGGAAAUACUACGUGAAGAUAGCUCAGUACUACGCCUCCAUGCAGGAGUAUGAGGUGGCAGAACAGCUGUUUGUGAAAGGAGGUCACAUCAAGGAUGCUAUAGACAUGUACACUACAGCAGGACGCUGGGAGGAGGCUCAUAAGUUGGCAGUGGAGUGUAUGACAGAGGAGGAGGUCAUGGCUCUAUACAUCAGCAGAGCUCAGGAGCUGGAGAGAGAUGGGAAAUUCAAGGAGGCUGAGAGGCUAUUUGCCACAGUGAAGCAGCCUGACCUUGCCAUAACCAUGUACAAGAAGAACCGGAUGUUUGAUGAUGUCAUUCGCCUGGUGGCCAAACAUCACCCCGACCUGCUCUCAGAGACCCACCUGCACCUGGCCAAGGAGUUGGAGGCUGAAUCCAGGAUCUCAGAGGCAGAGUACCACUUCAUAGAGGCUGAAGAGUGGAAAGCUGCUGUCCACAUGUACAGAGUCAACGACAUGUGGGAGGAUGCAUACAGGGUGGCUAAGAGCCAUGGAGGUGCUGGAGCACAGAAGCAGGUGGCCUACCUGUGGGCUCGGAGCCUGGGAGGAGAGGCGGCCGUCAAGCUGCUCAACAAGUUCGGCCUCCUGGAAUACGCCAUUGAGUUCGCUUCAAAUAACUUCUCAUUUGACUUUGCCUUUGAUUUGGCUCGUCUUUCCAGUAAGGAAAAGAUUCCUGAGAUCCACCUCAAACACGCCAUAUACCUGGAGGAUGAGGGCAAGUUUCCUGAGGCCGAGGUUGAGUUCAUCAAAGCAGGAAAACCCAAGGAAGCCGUGCUCAUGUACGUCCACAACAAGGACUGGGCCAGUGCGCAGCGGGUGGCUGAGGGCCACGAUCCAGAGACUGUUUCUGAGAUCCUGGUCGGCCAAGCCAAGUUCUGCUUUGAACAGAAAGAUUUCCAGAAGGCUGAAGCCUUCCUGCUCCGAGCCCAGAGACCCGAACUCGCUGUUAAAUAUUACAAGGAUGCAGACUUGUGGAGUGAUGCCAUGCGUAUCUGUAAGGAGUACCUCCCCAACAAGCUCUCCAUGCUCCAAGAGGAGUACGAGCAGGAGACCUCCAAGAAGGGAAUCCGUGGAGUGGAGGGCCUGCUGGAACAGGCCAAGGAGUGGGAGCAGUCAGGUGAACACUCCCGAGCCGUGGAGUGUUACCUGAAGGUGAAGGACGACGCAAACGCUGCUCUGAUGGAGAAGUGCUGGAUGAAGGCAGCAGAGUUGUCCAUUAAGUUCCUCAGUGGAGAUCGAGCGGUGGAGGUGAUCCAGGUGGUCGGACCACGACUCACACAGCUGAGGAAGUACAACGCUGCUGCUGAGCUCUACCUGAACAUGAACCUCAUCAAAGAGGCGAUCGAUGUCUUCAUUGAGGGCGAGGAGUGGAACAAAGCUAAGAGAGUCGCCAAGGAGCUGGAGCCAAGGUAUGAGGACUAUGUGGACCAGAAAUACAAAGAGCACCUUAAGAACCAAGGCAAAGUUGACUCUCUGGUGGGCGUGGAUGUCAUGGCAGCUUUGGACAUGUAUGCAGAGAGAGGCCAGUGGGAGAAAUGUCUGGAGACAGCUUCUAAACAGAACUUUAAGAUCCUCCAAAAGUACGUCGCUCUGUACGCUACACACCUCAUCAAGGAGGGAGAUGCUCUGAAGGCUCUGCAGCUCUACAUACAGCACGGGGCGCCACCCAACCCUCAGAACUUUAACAUCUACAAGCGAGUGUUCCUAGACCUGAUUAACAUCCCCGACACUGAUGGACCGGAGUCUUACCGGAUGUGGGCCGACCUCCGCAAUUUCCUGCUGCAGCUGUGUGAGAACAUGUCCCGGUCAGCCGAGGCCAACUCUCCAGCUCAUGAAGACUUUGAGCAGAUACUGCUGAUCACUCACUACUACGCGGCGCGAUCCGCCGCAAAAGGAGUCGCGCAGCUGGUCAGUCUUCCAGCCAAGCUGUCGGUGUCUCUGCUGCGUCACACUGAGCUCAUUCCUGCAGACAAGGCUUUCUACGAAGCGGGCCUGGCCUGCAGGGAUGUUGGCUGGGAGAACAUGGCUUUCAUCUUCCUCAAUCACUUCCUGGAUCUGUGUGAUGCGGUUGACGAGGGGACGCUGGACGCUCUGGACCACUCCGACUUCCUGGACACCGACAUUCCCUUUGAGGUUACAGUUCCCACCAAACUCUGUGUCACCGACGCCCAGCGGGAGCAGAUCCGUGACUGGGUGCUGAUGGUCUCCAUGGACAAUCGGUUGGAGCAGGUUCUGCCGCGUGACGAGAGGAACUCGUACGAAGCGUCUCUGGUGGCCGCCAACACCGGCCUCCGCUCUCUGCCCUGUGUCCUCACCGGCUAUCCGGUGCUCAGGGAUAAGAUCGAGUUCUCGUCUGUGGGAAAAGUAGCCAACAAGAAAGACUGGAACAAAUUCCUCGUGGCCACAAAGACAACUCACAGUUCAGAGUGUCAGGACGUCCUCAAGUUCAUCAGCCAGUGGUGUGGCGGCCUGCCGGCGUCUGGGUUCUCCUUCCACUGA